AUGUCAGGUAGUGAUCAUUUUGCGCAAGUGAAAGAGGCAAUCUCUGCCACUACAUCUAUUCUGUUCAGUAAUGAAGCAGUGGAAAAUACUAUAUUAUCAUCACAAAGUCCCUAUAAGAAAUUGCUGCAAAAGGCAAUAACAAACAUGGACGGUGAUUCCACAAAUGCUAUAAGUAACUUACAAUCAUUUCAAGAAGAGUUGGAUCAAGACUUCUCUCAUCUCGAAGGGAAGGAAGCCUACUUAAGAAAGAGUGGUGAUGAUUAUUUCACUAACUCAUUCGUUGACUCCAAGACUGGAUUCAAAGUGAUGACUUACUUAGAUGAUGAAAUACUAAACGAGAAUGUAUCGAAUGGUAAAACUAAAUUACUACUCGAUGGAACUCGGGAGAAAGAGAGUGAUACCACGGAUUCUCGCAACGAAGAACAACUUGAAGGUGGAAAAAAAUCAUCAUUAUUUCAAGGUUUUGAAGCAUCGUUACCAGUUGUUGAUAAAGUUAUUGAAAAGAAGAAGGCUACACAUGGAUUGAUUACUGAGGAUAAAGAUAAGGAAAAUACCGGUGAUUUUCUGUCACUUUUGGUAAGUGACUUGCCUGAUUUUGAAAAUGAGAAACAAUUUGAUACAGAUAGGAUAUCCAGAUCAUACUCAUUGAAAUAUCUUAAAGGUUUAUCUGAAAAUAUAAUUAGAACCAUCAAUUUGUUGUUGAUUAAAAAAGACAUGAUAGAUGACGAGGUGGAAGCUGCAGAUAAGAAAUUACAAGAGGCACUGAAGAAAAGUGAGAAAGCUAAGAAAAAGUUAAAAACAGCUGAAACAAAUGAAUUGCAACUAGAUAAUAUUUUAUCACUAGUGAAAGAGAGAAUAAGUUUUAUUGAAGAAUACGAUUUAGAAGUUGAAACAUCUUGUAGUAAGGAUUCUGAAAAUGUCGAAGGAAAAACUGAUGAAAAGACACCCGAUAAUACAGAAGUUCAUACUAAUACUAAUCUGAAUACAAGAGAGGAUAACAGAGAUGAUGUUACUAGAAAGGAGGAAAUCAAAAGUUCUAGAAUCUCACAUUCACUAAAUGAAAAAAUAAGUAGUAAACGUAAGAGUAAACAGAAUAAACUACAAUUAUUCUUUGAUGAAGAGUUGGGAAAGUCUAAAAAAGGGCGUACUACUCUUCAACAUCACUACGACUCAGGAGAUAAUAUUCUAACUUUUAAAGGUGCUCAUGCCAAUGGGGUUUCUUGUUUAGAUUUCGAUGUACCAUUUGGUACAUUGAGCACUGCAGGUUACCUUGAUCCUAUUGUUAAAGUAUGGGAUCUGACUAGAAAAGUUCAGAUGGCUACGUUGAAUGGUCACAUGGCUACUAUCACUUGCAUGCAAUCAAGCCCUCAUUAUUCCAUGUUAAUUACAGGCUCUAAAGAUGCUACAAUUAAACUGUGGAACCUUAAAUUAGCAUCCCAAUUAUACCUAGAAGAGAAUGCAGAUAUUGGAAACAGCAACCAAUCAUGUAUCCACACAUUCAGCAGUCAUCUGGAUGAAUUAACAGCUAUAUCCUACGAUACCAUAAAUUUGGUCAGUGGCUCUCAAGAUAAGACCAUAAGACAGUGGGAUCUUUUGAGUGGCAAAUGUGUUCAAACCAUCGACUUGAGCUUUAUCAAAAGCAGAAAUAAUGAUUUCUAUUCUAACCAACUGCUUGGAGAGAAGCCCCUAGUUGGAGCCAUUCAGUGUUUUGAUGCCGCAUUGGCCACCGGCACCAAAGACGGUAUUGUGCGUCUAUGGGAUCUUAGAUCAGGAGUUCCAGUGAGAACAUUGGAAGGACACACUGAUGCCGUAACAGCGUUGAAAUUUGAUUCAUCUAGCAUCGUGACUGCCUCAAGUGACAAACAAGUUAGAAUAUGGGACCUGCGCACAGGUACUUUAUCGAAUGCAUUUGCAUUGGAGAAGCCUAUAACGUCCUUAGAUUUUGAUUCAACGAGCAUAAUCUGUUCAACUAAAACGUCCAAUUUCCAAGUGUUCAAUAAGAUUGAAAACAGACAUUGGAAUUGCGGCCCUACACACGACUCAGAACAAUCCGGAACCUCCAAUGAGCCAUCAGAGUCGAAUAUAAUCACAAUCAGAGUGAAAGACAAUUAUACUGUAGCAGGAAGUGAUGACGGUACAAUUAGUGCCUGGAGAGUCUAA